AUGCUUACUCGUUUGUAUUCGGCCAUGAGCGUCGGACAGAGUGUGGUCUUCGUGAACAGCCGCAGGACAGCGUUCUGGCUCGCGAAGCAGAUGAGGGACUCGGGCUAUUCCGUGUCCCUUAUUUGCGGCACGCAGGCCCAGGGUGAGGAGAGGAUGGAUCCUGCUAUUCGUGACCAGGUAAUGCAGGAAUUUCGUCAAGGCGUCACCCGUGUGCUCAUCGCUACGGACGUGCUUAGUCGAGGCAUCGACGUGCCGCAGGUGACUUUGGUCGUAAACUUCGAGCUUCCCGUCGGCUACUCGGCCGAUAAUUCCGUGGUCAUGGAGACGUACCUUCACCGUGUCGGCCGGACAGGCCGUUUCGGCUUGAAGGGCAUCGCGGUGAAUUUGAUAUUGGACUCGGAGUUGCCGCUGAUUGAGGAGGUUUGCUCUUACUUCGACUGUACCAUUCCGAGGCUCGACGAGGACUUCGAGGCCCUGGAGGAACGGCUGCGGAGCCUGCGGUGA